AUGGCGGCAAUCAACUUUAAUUCUACGUCUUCAUUUAUGGAAGAAGUACAGAAGUAUGAUUGUUUAUAUAAUAAAUUUUCGAAAUAUUAUAAAAACAGAAGGACAAGAGAGAAUGCAUGGGAAAAAAUCGCCGAAAAAUUUGGGCUAACUUCGCUAGAUGCCGAGAAGAAAUAUAAAAACAUACGAACAAGCUAUGUUCGUUAUCUUAAAAAAAUGAAAAACGUUCCGUCUGGCUCUGGAAGGGACGCUGUGCCCAUACCUGGGGAGUUUGCUAAUUUGGAGUGGCUAAAACAGCACAUCAGUCACAGGAAAAGUUCAUCAAACCUGCCCAACCAUGAAAGCAGCGAUGAAGAGGAGAUAAUUGACACUGAAGAUAUGAACACCAGCUCUUGUUCAAUUGCCAGAAUAGAUGAUGCUAAUCUAAUAGAUGUUGAGGUACAUAAUACUGAUUCUCCGGAAUCUUUCACUGCCACAACUCCAGGAUCAACGAGCACUGGGGAUCUGGAGGAGAUACCUUCAAAAAACCAAUCAUUGGCUUCUUCGUCGAAGAGAAAGCGGCCAUGGGCCACAUCAAAUCGUCAAAAAGGAGGAAAAAGCAAAGAUGUUGACAUGGCUAUGCUUGAAAUUGCCGGAAAACUGUUACAAGAGCCUACACCUAAUACAAGCGAAGAUGAUGAAUAUAUGCAUUUUGCAAAGAGCUUCGCCAAGAGAUUGAGAAAACUGCCAGAAAGAGCGCAGGGGUAUGUGAGAAUCCAACUUGAACGGUUGAUGUUUGAAGCUGAAUUUGAAGCAUUACCCCAACAACUGUUUCCUCCAGCAGGACGAGCACCAAUGCACAUGGGAUUCAGUCAGGCUGUUGAAUAUCCAAGUCAAUAUGUGUGCAACAGUACUUCUAACAACAACCUUCAUCCGCUAUAA